AUGCCCGACCCGGACAACCCAGCAGCGCCCAUUUUCGACUUCAAGGACGGCGACUCUAUUCCACUUCCACCGCCCAAACCUUUCCAGUCGACUCUACGGUACCCUUCCAAUCGCAAGACCAUCUACGACCGGAACCUCAACCGUACACAGACUGCUCCCACUUCACUACCUUCGUUCGCAUACGUCUUUAAUGCGAUCAUCACCUACAUCCACACCAAAUCCGGCUCCGUCGCCGAGAUCGAAAAUCGGUUGAACCGCGCCGGCUACCCAAUUGGAAUCAAGCUCCUCGACCUGCUGUUAUACCGACAACUUCCGCGAUCCCCUCAGCGGCCAACCCGUAUCCUAGACUUGCUGCAAUUCAUUCACGGUACGCUUUGGCGCAGCUUGUUCAACCGCCCUGCAGACGCGCUAGAGCAGUCUACCACGAAGAAGAACGAGUACAUGAUCGUCGACAAUGAGCCGGUUGUCAACACGUAUAUCAGCGUGCCAAAGGACAUGAGCCAAUUGAACUGCGCCGCCUUUGUCGCAGGUAUCAUUGAAGGCUUGUGUGAUGCGGCAGGCUUCGCCAUGGAGGGAGUGUCGGCGCAUUCGGCAGGGGAGACUGACGAGAUGUGGCCUGGCAAAACGAUCUUUCUAUUGAGGUUUGGAGAGGGGACAGUGGAAAGGGAGGAGGCGAUGAAGGCUGGUUGA